AUGAACUACACCAGGGACCUGGAUGAAGCAUAUGAUGAAGCAUGGGAAGAAGAAAUGGAGGACAGACGACCAAGUGUGACAAGCAAUCACAUGUACAUACUCAAAGAAGGAGUGGCAACCAGUUGCAUGGUAAUGGAUGGAGAUGUGGUACUGACAGACAAAUGGUACGCACUUCCUGGUGACUCUGUGCCACAUGUUACUCUCCUAGUAGGGUUUGGCUAUGAGGCAAGAUCAUUGGGACCAGCAGUAAAGAAGGCAAGCUGCCUGCAGUGGAGCAAGAGCGCCUGUUACAAGAUACAAAGCUCAGUCAUGGAUGGAAAUCAGGUUUGGAGAAUCUUACUAAACGUGGAUGACAUUGGAAAACCUGAAGUGGUGAGAAGAUCUCGUUACCAUGGAAGAGAAAUGACUGACCAUCCAGACACGGUCAACAUCUUCAACCAGUUACCAGAACAACUGUGGACUUUAACUGCAGAGGAUGUGGGACUAGUUGAUGUAGAACCAGUGGUGGUUUCAGUUAGAAAAGACAGUGGCCUUACUAUUCCAGUUUGCAAGCGCCAAUACCCACUCAGUGAAGAAAAGACAAGGGGAAUUGAGCCUACAAUAUCAGGACUUCAAAAAGGGCAAGUAAUAUAUCCAACCUGCUCCAACUGGAACACUCCAAUUUUACCAGUAAAGAAAGGUGACACUGGAAAAUGGAGAAUGGUGCAGGACCACCAGCCCAUCUGAAAUUAGCCCACCCAACUACCUCAUCCCUAUAUUGUUAUUUGUUUUGCUCUUUUGCACCCCAGUAUCUCUGUUUGCACAUAAUCUCUUGCACAUCUAGCAUUCCAGUGUUAAUACUAUUGUAAUUAUUUUGCACUAUAGCCUAUUUAUUGCCUUACCUCCAUAACUUGCUACAUUUGCACACACUUUUUUAUAUAUUUUCUGUUGUAUUUUUGACUUUGUGUUUUUUGCCCCAUAUGUAACUCUGUGUUGUUGUUUUUGUCGCACUGCUUUGCUUUGUCUUGGCCAGGUCGCAGUUGUAAAUGAGAACUUGUUCUCAACUGGCUUACCUGGUUAAAUAAAGGUUAAAUAAAUAAAAAAAUAAAAAUCAACGAAGUAACUGUACCGGACGUUAGACCUGUACCAGACCCAUAUCUGGCCCUGCAAAACAUCUCACCUACCCAAGACUGGUUUACACUGGUGGACCUUGCUAAUGCAUUUUUCUGCAUUCCGUUACACCCAGAGUCUCAACCACUAUUUGCAUUCACCUACAGAGGACAGCAAUUCACCUAUUCUCGUCUUCCACAAGGAUAUCGUGAUUCCCCAGGAAUCUUCAACGCUAUCCUGAAAAGUCACUUGGAGGAGUUAACAUUACCAGAAGGGGUGACACUGCUUCAAUACGUUGAUGAUCUCCUGUUGGCAGCACCAACUGCUGAGUCUUGUUUGCAGGCCACCAAGUCCCUUCUCCUCUUGGUAGCUAAGAAAGGGUACAAAGUGAAGAAAGAGAAAGUGCAGUGCUGUAGGAGAAGUGUACAGUUCCUGGGGAGAGUACUGUCAGGAAAGGGACAAGCUGUCUCUACGGCCCAGAGGACAUCAAUCUUGGAACAUCCCAAACCCACUACUGUACAACACCUUUUGUCAUUUCUUGGCCUUACUGGAUACAGCAGAACACACGUGCCAGAAUACUGUCUUAAGGUGGAACCACUGCGAGCAAUCUUGAGAGAAGCAGGAAACAGAAAUCUCACAGCUGUCCUUAAGUGGACUCCAGAGGCAGAGGCAGCUUUUAUCCAACUCAAACAGACGCUAGCGCAGGCUGAAGCACUGUCUUUACCUGAUUACACCACGCCAUUCUGUUUGGAUGUUUCUGAAAGGGAUGGUUAUGUGCAUUCCAUCCUGUAUCAGAAACAAAAGGGGGAGAGAAGAGUCUUACACUACUACAGUGCAAAACUGGACAACAUUGAGACAGGACAAACUGACUGUGCCAGACACAUGGCUGCCAUUGCUAAAGCUGUAGGCAAAACAGCUCACAUUGUAAUGAGACAUCCACUUGAAAUCAACACAGACCAUGGAGUGACAGCUUUUAUUGGCUCUAAACUUUUCACGUUGUCCAGCAAAAGAAAAUCCAACAUAACAAAGGCCAUCACUGCAAAACACAUUACCUAUGUGACAACCACAACCAACAUGACUGAUGGCAUGGGUCAGGGAGAACCACAUGUAUGUGAAGACAGAGCAGCCAAACAAAUCAAGGUUUGA